AUGAGUUUGCUUGACUCGUCAUGGUUCACAGACAGACCAAUUCAUCCAGAUAAGCAGCCCAAAAAGAUUCCUAUGACGGAAUGGGAAUACCAAGAAAAACACGGCCUUGAUAGCCAAAAGGAUAUUGAUAGUGAUUUUUCUGAUCCAUCAACUUUCUCAUUUUCAAGUGAUCAAUCGAUGGACUCGGAUGGGCCAGCACCACCAAAGAAGGAAAGACCGCCAUUAAAUACUUCAGACCCAGAAAAAUUGGAGAAGCACUAA